AUUUUCGCGACAGUUCAGGAAGCAUCAUAUGCAAACAGCUACAGAAAACGAGCAGUAGUUUGGGCUUUCUCAUGUGAGGGACUACAAGAGAAACAGCACCAUGUUGCCGACCACAAACAGCAACGGUGCCCUGGCUUCCAGGGACGCUGCACGCCACACAGCGGGUGCGAAGCGCUACAAGUACCUGCGGCGGCUGCUUCAUUUCAGACAAAUGGACUUUGAGUUCGCCCUGUGGCAGAUGCUUUACCUGUUUACCUCUCCUCAGAGGGUGUAUCGCAACUUUCAGUACAGGAAACAGACUAAAGAUCAGUGGGCCAGAGAUGAUCCUGCUUUCCUGGUCCUGCUCAGCAUCUGGCUAUGUGUGUCAACAAUAGGCUUCGGUCUUGUGUUGGAAAUGGGAGUCGUGGAGACGCUGAAGCUGCUGCUCUGGGUCGUCUUUGUUGACUGUAUAGGAGUCGGUCUGCUCAUAUCAACUAUAAUGUGGGUGGUCACCAACAGGUACCUGCUGAAACAACCCAGCAGAAACUUUGACGUGGAGUGGGGCUACGCGUUUGACGUUCACCUCAAUGCUUUCUACCCGCUUUUAGUCAUCCUGCACUUCCUGCAACUUUUCUUCAUCAACCAUCUUGUGAUGAUAAGUUCAGAUUGGUUCCUGGGAUAUUUUGUCGGGAACACUCUAUGGUUGAUUGCUAUUGGUUAUUAUCUCUACAUAACCUUCUUAGGGUACAACGCUCUACCCUUCCUGAAGAACACCGUGGUGCUGCUCUACCCCUUUGCUUUGCUCGGCCUCCUCUACAUCCUCUCCAUAUCACUGGGCUGGAACUUCACUCAGGGUCUCUGCACUUUUUACAAGUACAGAGUCAUGUAGGACCGGCUUGCCUCUGAGAUUGGACACUAGCUGGCUCCAGGCUGACGCAAAAUCUGUUUUCAGCUCAUCUCUACGUGACAACGACUCCACGUCCAGCUGCUGUCAGACAGGAUUUGGCUGAGAGGGACCUCUGGUGGACUCUCAGUAAACUGGUUGAUUGAUGCCGAGCUGGGUGACACUGCUCAGCUCUCUCUUGAUUUUCUGUUUGGCUGUGAUGUUGAGUUUCGGCUACAAAGUCAGUAAAUGGUGAUGUGUUCAGACUGGUGACAGAAAAGACGGGGGGUGGGGAUGAGACGCAGCUUUUACUGUUGUUCUUUUGUAUGAUUUGUAAAUAUGACUCUGGCAGGUUGUAAUAUAAACACAGAGGUUUGUUUCUGA